CGUUCCUCCACAACAAUUUUGACUCUGGCAAGUCCAGGCAAAACAACGUAAUGGGAGUCGUAAAUGUUGUUCUAUUUUUGUCCUUUGUGUCGUGUAUAUCGCCUCAAGCAUGGAAUACCUACGAUUAUAUGAAGAGAGAACAUUCUUUGGUCAAACCAUACCAAGGGAUUGGCACAUCGAUACCCUACUGGGAUUUCUUAGGGACUACCAUGGUUACAAGUAAUUAUGUACGACUUACGGGAGACAUUCAAAGCCAACGUGGGGCCAUUUGGAAUAAGGUCCCUCUCUCAGUCCGCAAUUGGGAGAUGCAGAUCCAUUUCAAAGUCCAUGGAAGAGGGAAGGACUUGUUUGGUGAUGGCUUUGCCUUCUGGUAUGUGAAGGAGCCAAUGCAGACUGGUGAUGUAUUUGGGAGCAGAGAUUUCUUCACUGGAUUAGCCAUUAUUGCCGACACUUACAGCAAUCAUAAUGGAGUCCACAAUCACGGUCACCCAUAUAUCUCGGCAAUGGUGAACAAUGGCACCUUGCACUACGACCAUGACCGCGAUGGCACCCACACCCAGCUUUCAGGAUGUGUGGCCAAAUUUAGAAAUUUGGAUCAUGAUACCUUCUUAUCAAUCAAAUAUGUGCAUGAUACUUUAACAGUGUCAGUUGAUAUAGACAACAAGAUGGCAUACAAGGAUUGCUUCACGGUAAAUGGUGUUUUCUUGCCAACUGGAUAUUACUUUGGUGUGUCUGCUGCUACAGGUGACCUAAGUGACGCCCAUGAUAUUGUCUCCCUCAAAUUAUAUGACCUCUCAACCCCAGAUGAUGAUAUUUUAGAAGAUCGAGCCAAUAUCAUGCCUUCCGCCUUAUACAUGGAACCUCCAAGAGAUCAUGUUGAUGACCCCAAGCCAUCUUCGUUGUCUGUUUGGAAGCAGCUAGUGCUCCUUGUGUUUGGUGUCUGUGCCAUAUGUGGUGCGGUCUUUAUAGGGGGUCUCUUUUACGUCAAGCAUAAAGAACAGCAACGGAAGAGGUUCUAUUAAGUUUCCUAGAGGGUGCGUUAAAGAUUAUUGUAGAUUUUGUUUUUUCCACUUGGAAAAAACAUGGUUGGGUUUUAUUUUGUUGUCAUCACUUUAUUUUAUUAGACUAAAUGAAUAAUUAAGCCUAGCCAUUAUAGUCAUUUAUUUGUGGAACAGUUAAAAUUGAAUUUAUCUUGUAUUAUAAGAAAAAAAUCUUAUUUCACAUGGAAAUUGAUAGAACACUGGUAUAGUUGAGACAUCGUCCAUGCCGCAUGAAUGUUAUUUGGUGGUAUUUCUGUCAAAUUCCAUCAGCAGCCAGCAAUUAGGGAUUAAAAUUGACAGUUAUGAGUACGUAUACCAUGUUUUGUAGUCAUUUUAAAUUUUCUUUUGAUAGUUUGCAUAUCAAGAUGGUAAAAUAUUGAAGGAAGAGGUUAUAACACUCAGGUUCUUAGAUCUCUUGAUAUACAAAGAGGCCAUAUUUAUUGAAAUUGAAUUCAUGAAUUUGUGUAUGUUAUUACUUUCACUUAUCAGUGAAGUUCAAGCACAACUACAUAAUACAGUACAUGAUCAUCGCUAUCAAUCUUUUGGAAAUUGACAUAUAUGUACCAGAGAAUAUGUUAUUAAUUUUAUAAUAGACUGUAUCUGACUUCGGUCUUUUACACUGAAAAUUUUUUACCUGAUGCAUACCUGUAUAGUACUGUAGUAGGGAAGAUUUAAAAUAAAAACAGUUUACAUCUUUUUGCAAUUUCAUAAAUGCAUCCAUUUUACUGUACAAAUGGUUCAUGGAAACAUAAUGCAUUCAUAAGUUAUGGGCUGUCAGUUUUUCAUAUUUUCAUUAUCAUCAUCAUCAUCAUCAUUGUCAUUUAGGGGAAAUUUAGUUUACAUGAGCAAAAUAAACAUUGAUUUCAUAUGUAAUGUUAAGAUCACCAAAAUUUGAGAAAUACUCUGCAUAAACCAGAAUGUAAAAAAUUUUACUGUAGUAUUGAAAGUUACUUGAGGGUGGGUAGACGGGUUAGAAAUCUGUAGUUCAUAGAGAAAGCAAUUCAAUUAUUUAAUUUACUAUGAUGUAUAAAUGUGCAGACUGGUUGAAGCUCAACAUUUGUUUGUGUAAAAGCCAGCCCAGAAUCCUGUGAAAAGAGACUUCCGCAUUAAUAUUGUCAUCACCAUGUAGUGACAUUACUCCUUGUUCCUCUGAAGAGAUGUUUUAAAAGUUAAUGCUGGCCUUUGCACUCUGUGGUUUCAGUUAGAAGACCUCUUUAUAAAAUGUGUGAAAUAUCUAGAUAAGUACGUACAUGCUUCUCUAUUAGGAGCUUUGUAAGUGUGAUCAGGUUUGAACACUAUUAUAGAAAGAUGCUAAUUUACACAUGGGAGUUUUGCCUCAUUAAUGUACACUUGUGGAAGUUUUGCUUCUUUAGGAUUUAUGUUGGCUUUUGUGGAAUGUUGUAAUAUGCUUAUGAUCUGAUUAGAAAUUUUAUUGUUUGGUAGUAAAGUGGCAUAAAAAUAUUUGAAUGAAAGGAAUGCACUCAUCUAUCCUUUGUAAUAUUUUUGUUUUCCCCUAUGUUGAAGAGAAGACUUGGCAUUUAUUGCUGCGGAGAUGUUGUGAUUCAAAGGAAAAUGGGUUGAUCAUGUAAUAUACUAUAUGAAACUGUAGGGACCGGCAUUGCAAUAGGAUUUUUUUUAUUUGCCUAAUGAAUAUUGAACCGCUAACUCCAUUUUGUGGAUAUAUGAAUGCACAUAGUGAUAAGUAGUCUCCAGAAUAAGUUUUAUUUUGAUAAUCCACUUCUGGAUUUUUUUCACCAGCUUUACCUUGAGGAAUUACCACUUAGGGGCUAGGUCUUGGGGCUAAGUCUUGAGUCUUUCCUUCAAACAAAUGUGAAAUGUUUUGUAAAUUGAAGGUGGUAUUCACUUGGGGUAACAAAUUCCAGUUUGUUUAUGAUGGAGAUGCAAAUGCUUUUGGGAUAAAAAAGGGAUUUUGACGGAGGAAAAAUCUAUUUCUGGGCAAUGACCCGUCGCCCAGUGAAAAGGGAAAAUGGGUUAAAGUAGUUUUGAGAAACUGUCUGGUAACAAUUAUGUCGUAAUGGCUAGAACCAGUAUUUAAAGUACAUAUGGUUUUGUGGUGCUGGUAUGUUGGUGUUAAUUUUUCCAUUACUUUGUGAUAUUUUAUGUCAAAUUUGUUGUCUGCAUCUAGUCCUGGAGUUUGUUUUGAAGUCCCUUCAGGAAAGAGGGCUUAUAUGAUUCUUCAGCAUUCUUUUUACUGUUAGUAUACUAACCUGUUUUGUCCAUUUAAGUGAAUAAGCAGUGUGUGUGCAUAAGUGUUAAGUCUCCUGGAUAGUUUUGAGAUAGAAAAUGGUUAAACUUCCAACAAAUGUAGUAUCUUGCAUUAUUACCUUUCUUGUCCCUCCUCCUUGAUGUGGGGGAGAGGUGAUGUUACUGUACAAAUUAUUUUCCUAUUACUUUGUUUUUCAAUGGUAACCUCCCUGAAUUGGUUUUGUCUCACAAUUUCAUGGUUUAAUGAAGAAGCACAACACUGUAUCUUCAUAAGUGAAGCAAAGGGAAAACACUUGUUAUGGGUAUUAUAUUUCUAUAUUGUUUAACAUGCAGUAGUUUUUAGACAUCUUUUGCUCCUUGUCAUACAUGGACGUUAUGUUGUUUUGAAUCUUGAGUAGAAAGUUUAUAGCCUUUUCAGCCUGUAUGUGUUGAAUGGUAUUCUGGCUAAAGUGCCAGGCCAUAUGGCUCAAAUUUCAUACAUUCAUUCAUUCAUUUUCAGCCUGUUCCAUUUAUGUGCAUAGUAUUAUGAAAUGGUAUCAUGGUUGCCAGAAGGGUGAAAGAAUUCAAGAAAUUUUUUAAUAUUUCUAUCUGAACUUGUUUUCUUUCUGAAUCAGUGUUAUAUAACUUUAUUCCUUAUUGAGAGCAAGAGAGGAAAGACUUUUCACUUUUAAGUAAAUGCCCAAGAGAAAGAAUGAAAUCUGGGCAUAAUUCUUUGAUAUCUAUUCCAUUUUUUAAUGACUUCACAUCAUAUUUUGGAUUAGUUGUGUGAACAUGUGGAUUUUCAAUUACAUGGUGAUUUUAGCUUCAUCUACACAGGAAAAUUAAGAUGAAUGUAACUUUUGCUCAAUAAUGCCACACUACAUACCUUUCCAGACGUUUUGCAAUACAGGGCACUUUUUAUGGUAAAGAAACACACACCUGGUUGCAAUGAAUGUGUGCAUCAAGUUGAAAUCAUCAGGUUAGUGUUCUUGACUAGGAGUGUUCUACCAUGCAUGAGAAUUCUCCUUGAACUCAGCACACGGAUGUUCCAGCUAUUCAGUUCACUAAGAAAUUUUGUUGGUCUUCGUGAGUCGGUAAUCAGUCAGCUGUUUUUUCUUAGGCAUUUAUUGUUGGCAUCUGGGACUUGAUCUGGCAGUGUAAAAUUAUUUUGUGAAGAGGUUUUUUGAAAUUUAUAGAAUUCAUUUAAACUUUGGUUCAACUAUUGACUUCAGGACGAGUUUUCUAAUGUAUUUGAUUUCUUAUCAAGUUACUAAAAGGUAUGUCGUAAUAUUCUUGAUGGUUUUUACCAAUUUUGACUUGAAUUAUUCCCUUUACUAGUCUUAUAUUUUCUUGGGUCAAGAUCAGCAGAGAAGAAUUAGUAUUCUCUUCCUAGUCGAUCAUUUGAGUCCAAUAUUUGCUCUGGUCAAGAUCAGCAGAGUUGUAAGUAUACUAGUCAUAUUUUCCCAUAAAUAUUCCCAAUGGAAUGACAGUAGAUGUAAUAUUUAGUGGAAAUGUCAGAAGAAUAUUUGAUAGGUAAGAAGAUAAAGGGAGCAAAAGGAAUGAUACAGCACAUAUACAGGCAGUCCCUGGCUUGCGAUGUGGGUUCCGUUCUUGAGACACGUCGUUAGCCAGAAAAUCAUAAAAAUCCUAAGAAAACCUUACUUUUAAUGCUUUGGGUGUAUUAAAAACUAUGUGAACUGCAUUUUUAUUGCAUUUUUCAUAAAAAACUUUCAAAUAUUGAUUAUUUUGCAUUUUUGGAGUCAUUUCUUCAGUCAGAUCAGUGUCGUAACCCUGGAACAUGCAUCAUAAACCUGGAAAUAAUUUCUGAUGAAUUAAUUGAAAAAGUGUUGUAACCUCGGAAUGUCAUAAGCCGAAUCCGCCGUAAGCCGGGUACUGCCUGUAUUUUAAAGAUUACCAUGUAUCAUAACUUACAAAGAUGAAAAUAAGUAACAUUCAUAUACUAAUUAUGAAUGCAUGCAGACCAGUUUGUGAGUUGAGCCCUUCAUGAGUGCUAAUCGUCCUCACCAUGUGCAGUCAUAUGUAUGUCAGAUUUUGACAGUGAUAAAUGAAAAGGGAUAACUUAGAAGUUGGGGCUAUGAUGAUCUGCAAUGUCUAGCAUGUAAAACAAGUGUGGUUGAUAUUGACAGAGCUACUCACCCAUCUAAGUGCCUGUUUUUAAUACCCUAGCCAAUUUUCUAGAAAGGCUGGUAGCAGGGAUGCAGAAACUUAUAACUUAACAUUACCUCUAAAACAUACUCUGAUUGAGCAACCUUACCACUUCUGCAUCUGGGAAAGUUAAUAUUGGCAGCAUCCUGCUCAUUAGUAAUCAUUUUCAGUAUAUUAAAAGGGUCACCUUAUCCUGUACUCUUUACUUAUCCUCACAUGCCACUGAUUCUUUAAUUUAUAGUUUCACAACAUAGGCUUGAAAUACAUUAUGACAAGGUAUGUGAGCAUAAAGAGUAUUUCAGUUGCCAACCAAAACUUUCCUGGAUUUUUUUUGUUUUGUUUGUUUAGCCGAGUAAAAUGGACGUGUAGAUUUAUAUACGUCCUCUUUAGAGUUUAGAAUCUUUUUUCACUGAAAUUUUACAUUUGUUUGUCUUUGCUUGCUUAUUCUUACUAAUUUUCAUAAGUAGGACUAUUUACCAGUAACUAGGUAAUUUAUCAUUAUACUUUCCACUGAGCUUUAUCUUAACUGUGUUUUCCUUUGCUUUAUUCAGUAACAGUAUAGGUUUUUGCACUUUCCCAGGUGUGAAAUGUUUUUCAAUUUGUGCACAUGAUUAUAAUACAUAUGAAGACCCAUGUUCAUGUGCAACAACCUAAUGGUUUCUCAAUAUACAUUUUCCAUGUUGGAAAGUAUUUAAAAGCCACCAAGUCAUAUUGGAAGAUUAAUCACGAUUAGUCACUUUGUAAAUGCCAUUGGCAUGGAAGAAAAUGAAACGCAAUGCUCAAAUUACUCAAGUUACUUGAAUUGAUGACAACUUUCAGGGUAAUGUGUUUAAGUUAAAUGGUAGUUUAUUCACAUUUGUCCUUCGCAUCUUUUAAUAUUUUGGUUGAUGGAGUCUUAUUAAUUGUGAAAUUGUAUUACUUUGGCAUUUAAGAUAUUUUGUUUUACAAUUUUCCCUCCUGCAUUGAAGGGUUACAUUUAUUUGAUUGAAUUGCUAUUUAACACUAUAAUAUCAGCAGACAAUGACAGAAUUUUAAGACAAAGAAAAAUAUUUGUAAUUUGUUUUAGAGAACUUAUUGUAUAGGGACACUAUGCAUAAUUGACAUUUAUUUGCACUUACUAGAUUUCUUUAAAGUUUUGACAAGUUAUUUUGUUGGCAUUUUCUGUGUGCCCCAGCAUGAAAUUACAUACUAAUUUCAAUUGCAGAAUAAUGUAAAUCCAUAGUUCACAGUGGCAGUCACAGGUUAUAUAACUGAAAGUUAGUCUUAAACUAUUUAAAUAAGGAAAUGCACAAUUCAAAUUUUCACUUCUACUUUCAUUACUCAUGUGUAAAUGAGUCAACCCUGAAUUAUAGCAGGUGCUUGGUCAGGAGUUUCUUUUACUGCAUUUGUAUAUAGUUACCAAAUAUUUCUAGGGUUUCUAGGUGUUUUUAUUUCCAAAAAUAGAAGAGUAUCUCAAGAUUAUAUCUUAAAUUUUGUAUAUUUUAGCUGCUACUUAUUACUAGCAUACAGUUGCCCAGAAUUACUCCCAUUUUCAAGAAUUGUACAGGAUGCUACUUUUUCAUUCAUAACCAAAGUUCUUAUUAUUGCUGAGGAAUAUUCUAUUUGAAAUUUACAUUUGUAAGCUGUCAUGUGACAUGAACUUUGGAUACAGUCUCAAACAAUCAGAGCACCGUGGAAGUAUUUUCAUAGUGUUCUCGUAAAGUGUGAAAAGUCUUUCCAUAACCUACGGUUUUGGUCACGCUUCAUAUUUCGCCAAGAGAGCAAAACAUUGUCUUCCAGGAGUACUGCUUCAUUAUGAAGGGACAAGCUCUAGUAAGGCAAUAGUUUUUACCAACAAAGUAUAUACUUCAGGGUAUAAGAAGAAUGACUAUAUUUGGUAAUACCAUUGUAACAUCCCUACCAUCUAUCCUACCUAAAAUUUUGUUUGAUUGCAAUGUUUUAGAUUAAGAACAGAACCCCUUCACAAGUAGAGGACAGGCUGAUUAUAUUUUGUAUAUGUUGGUCCCUUUCUUGGAUUGUAAGUGAUCCUAUCCAUUUAUGCUGAAUGUGUACGUAGUAAUGUAUUCAAUAUAAAUUGUAAUAGUUUGCAAGAACUUGAAGAAAAUUGUAGUUUUAAUCAACAGGAAAAGAUCAGUCUUGUUUUUAAAGCUUUUUUUCUGUGUCUGUCCGUCCAAAUUUGUAACCCUGUUUUCUUGAGGUAUCAACUAAAAUGUAGCUAAACAUGAAAACUUGAGUGCAGUACUGUAUAUUCAACAGAGGCACCUAAUGCAUUUAGAAUAUCUUGGUGUUAAAGUGCUCUUCUUUUCAGUGAAUAACUUUAAAUGUAACCAAUAAAAUAGUAAAACUAACAGCUGGCCACUUUUAGUAGUCUUCAUUCUUUUCAAGAAAUUAAUGUUUCAAUUUAAAUUAGGAACAUGAUGCUUUCUUUAAAGUAUUGCAAGCAUACUUUACAAGGCCUGUUCCAUACUCAGGCAACAUACAGCCAUUACAUUUCUAAAAGAAUAAUGCAGUAAACUACUUUGUUUUGAAUUUUCAUACAGAAGAGCUAUAUAAAUUAUAAGCUGCCUCUAUGAGUGGUGAUGUUUUGUAUGUGUUUGCUCAGUGUGAAAUAUGGGUUAUGGUUAAUUAAGUUUUAUUCAUAAUUCUGUAACAGUGAUCUAAUAGUGCAAACAAUUUGCUUUUUGUUCUAAAGUCUACCCCACUGAGUGAAGAUUAGCACUGUAGCGAGAAUUGGGCAGUUUAAUUUCCUUUUAAAGUGUAUUAUUUCCUUUUUUUAACUUGUGUAACUUUUUUCUUACGUGUUAGAACUUUGGGAUGAUUGCCACAAGUGAAAAAAUUUCUUAUGUAUGAUUUGUAAAAUAAAUAUAAAAAAUGGAA